AUAUGGAGUUCUGAAGUUGACAUGCUACACAUUGAAGUUGAAGACAUACAAAACCUGUUGUUUGAAGAUGCAAUAUCUAACCGGUGUCUAGAUGCAUAUGUAAAUGAGCUCAUGAAAAACCAUUCUGACGUUGUGCCGAAGUUUGACUUGAAUACUCCAGUACCGAAAUCAUUCAUCUUCAGCAGCUUCUUCCUGGACACGAUCCGAAACAAAGACCAAAACAAAGUGAAGGCAAUGCUUGGAAAAGUAAUGAGAAAAUCUGUAGGGGCAAGAUUUCUUCUUUUUCCAAUACUCAUUCGAUUCCAUUGGACAUUGCUUGUUCUUGAUAAAGACGAAGGAUGUUGGAAGUUCUAUAACUCUCUUAAACCUAGAAGUGGAAAAGAUGAAUAUUGUAAUGCAACAAAUCUCUUGAGGCAAGUUGUUGCGGCAUAUGUCAACAUUGACCAAAGAGAACCCUGCAAAAGAAAUAUUACUGACAAAGUGGAGAUUCAGAAAAAUUGCCCCCAACAACCGACGGGAAGGAAAGUAUUGUUUAUAAUUUUUUAUCAAAAGAAACUCCAACUACUAUUAAUUCGCAAUGUUAGUUCUCAAUCUUAAUCGACUGAAUUCUAAAUUCUUGCAGUGUUGAU